GUGACCCCUCGUGGGCCAGUGGUGAGUAUCUGAACUUGUGCAGAAGUGAGGCCGCUUUCAUCAUCGUCCGUUAUCCACCGAGCCCUACCGAGCCCUUUCAGGAUGUCAAAUGAUUUCCCAAGAUCUAUCCUGACCCGGGAAUGAGAAUACUAUAUCUGGCCAUCGCGCUACUUUCAGCUCAGCCCCUGCCCAUGUGUAUCGAGUGGGGCCAAGCUUGAAGUUUGGCAUCUGAUUUUUCACCUCGUCAUAUAAAAGUAAGUGAAAAAUCUCGAGACACUCAACGAUAUUCGUAUCAAACGGCUCCUGCACAAUGAAGUUCACAGCCGUCGUUGCUUUUCUCUCUGCCUUUGCCCUCCCAGCGUUCGCAGUACCAGCGUAUGUCACAUGGGACGCUACGUACAGCAACCCAAACACGUCCCUCUCUAUCGUCGCUUGUUCUAACGGCAAGAAUGGUCUUUUGGCCAAGGGGUACACCGACUUCGCCUCACUGCCUUCCUUCCCCAACAUCGGAGGUAUCCCAGGCGCCAACUGGAACUCCACCUUAUGCGGUUCUUGCUGGAGCCUCAAGUAUGUCACGCCCAGUGGCAACCAGACUACUGUCUACAUCACCGCUGUCGAUCUUGCUUACACAUAUAAUAUCUCCCCGGAGGCGUUCAAUGACCUGACUGAUGGUACUGGCUUUGAGUCCGGCAAAGUCAAGGUCAGAGCCAUUCGGGUCGCCCCUGGCAAGUGUGGCAUGUAGAGGCAUACUGGAAGGUCUUGGGAGCAUUGGUCCAUGAACGGGGCAUCUUGUCCGCUGUGACUUCGUUCCCUGCAUGGAUCACCCUUGGGACAUCCGGGUAACAUGAGCGGUAUGAUAAGAAAUCAGAAAUACACAUAACGGCACAGUGACGGCGUCGAGAAUUUUGGAGCUUGGCUGAAGCAUUUGUCACGUAACUUUAACAAGUCACUUUAGUGGCAUGUAUACUUACCAUAUACUUGUUUUUUUUACCUGUACAAUUGCAAUGUUGUGAAGCUUACGAUUAUCUG